GGGCGCCAUGUUUGAUAGAAACAGUUUUGGACAGUGAUCACAACUUCUGUGCCACCUACCUCACGUUAGCUCGUAAAGCAACGAUUUCUGUAGAGUUAUUUGACAAAAUCAAGGACCUAUCGUACAGUUGCAAAAAUGAAUGUUGUAGAUCAUGUACGUGACAUGGCAGCGGCAGGACUACAUUCCAAUGUCCGGAUUAUGAGCAGUUUGUUGUUGACAAUGAGCACAAACAACCCAGAACUUUUCUCACCGGCACAAAAAUACCAGUUGCUGGUUUAUCAUGCCGAUGCAAUCUUUCAUGACAAAGAAUACCGCAACGCAGCUUCCAAAUACAAUUCCGCUUUACAGCAGAAGAAGGUCCUAAGCAAAACCUCCAAAGUACGGCCCUCCACUGGUGGGACUACAUCUUCAGUCCAAGCUCAGAGCUUGCCUUCAGAAAUCGAAGUGAAAUAUAAGAUAGCUGAGUGUUACACAAACCUGAAGCUGGACAAAGAUGCUAUUGCAGUUUUGGAUGGAAUCCCAUCUCGGCAGAGAACUCCAAAGAUCAACAUGAUGCUGGCGAACCUCUACAGAAAAGCCGGCCAGGAGCGAUCCGCCGUCACGAGCUACAAGGAGGUGUUGAGGCAGUGUCCCCUGGCCCUGGAUGCAAUCAUUGGGCUCCUCUCGCUGUCGGUGAAGGGGGCGGAGGUGGCCUCCAUGACCAUGGACGUGAUCCAGAGUAUUCCGAACCUCGACUGGCUGUCCACAUGGAUCAAAGCCUAUGCCUUCAUUCACACAGGGGACAACCACCGUGCCAUCAGCACUAUCUGUUCCCUGGAGAAAAAGACUCUUCUGAGGGAUAACGUGGACCUCCUCGUCAGUCUGGCGGAUGUCUACUUUAGAGCCGGCGACACCAAAAACGCCAUCCUGAAGUUCGAACAGGCACAGAUGCUGGACGCCUAUCUGAUUAAAGGUAUGGAUGUGUAUGGUUAUCUGAUGGCUCGAGAGGGACAUCUGGAGGAUGUGGAGGUGCUGGGCGGUCGUCUCUUCAACAUCUCAGACCAGCACGCAGAGCCCUGGGUCAUCUCUGGGUGUCACAGCUUCUACAGCAAGCGUUACUCCCGUGCUCUGUACCUGGGCGCCAAGGCCAUCCAGCUGAACAGCAACAGCGUGCAGGCGCUUCUCCUGAAGGGGGCAGCACUGCGCAACAUGGGACGCGUGCAGGAGGCCAUCAUCCACUUCAGAGAGGCUAUGAGGCUGGCUCCCUGCCGUCUCGACUGCUACGAAGGAUUGAUUGACUGUUACCUGGCCUCCAAUGGUGUGCGUGAGGCCAUGGGAAUGGCCAAUAACAUCUAUAAGACCCUGGGGGCCAACGCGCAGACGCUGACCAUCCUGGCCACCGUGUGCCUGGCUGACCCCCUCACCCAGGACAAGGCCAAAGCCCUACUGGACAAGGCCCUCGCCCAGAGACCGGACUACAUCAAGGCCGUGGUCAAGAAGGCCGAGCUCCUCAGUCGGGAACAGAAGUACGAAGAAGGGAUCACUCUGCUGCGGAACACGCUAGCCAAUCAGAGUGAUUGUGUGCUGCACAGGAUGCUGGGAGAUUUCCUCUUUGCGGUGAACGAGUAUCAGGAGUCCAUUGAUCAGUACAGCAUUGCACUCAGCCUGGACCCGAAUGACCAGAAGUCCCUGGAGGGCAUGCAGAAGAUGGAGAAGGAGGAGAGUCCGAUGGACGCCACGGUGGAGCUGGACGGGGACGACAUGGAGGGCAGCGGAGAGGACGGCGACCUGGAGGGCAGCGACAGCGAGGCAGCGCAGUGGGCCGACCAGGAGCAGUGGUUCGGCAUGCAGUGACACGCGCACACACACACACACACACACACACACACACACACACACACACACACACACACACACACACA